ACCCCAGGACCCCAGGAUCAUGACCUGAGCCAAAGGCAGCAGCUUAACGGACUGAGCCACCCAGGCGCCCGGACAGGUGCAGUUUCAAACAAGUGCUCGCUUUCCUGGAUCGGGAUGGGAGAGGACUGCAGGAACGGUACUGAGAAAGCCACAGCGACCAUGGAGUCCUGGGGUGCAGGGGUCUUCUUGAGAGCUGAGGGGUGGAGGCUGAGACUAAGGCGCACCCUGCACGUGGAUUUUGAAGUGGCAGCACAGAGUGAGGGGACCAUGGUGUGGAGAGGAAAAUGCUAAGCCAGAUGCCAAAGUCCUUGAUGAAAGUGGACAAGUGACAAACUGGCUGGAAGAGGGGUAGAGGAGGGGAGAGCUGGAUGGCAAAGGUUUCAGCGGAAGCAAGGUUUACUGGAGGAGAAAUGGGCAGAAAUUCCAACAGUGGAGCCGGGAGCCUGCCUCCGCUCCAAGCCCAGGUAGUAUGAGAACCUGAGUUCUUUCCUGAGCUCGAGACCCCAUAGGAGACCCGGCCUCUCAAGGGACAGCUUGGGUUUCCGCCAAGGCAAAAGGUGGAGGGGUAUUCAAUGAGGCUGUGGAGGAGGGAGGAGUCUGCCUUGGAGAGGGCACAAGUGAAGCCUAUUGGCAGGGAGGUCAUGUGGGGGCAGCCUGUGGCGGGAUGAGAUGGAAGAACAGGGGGAGCUCAGGGUACAACAGGCUCAGUUAGGUGGUGACUAUGGAAGAAGACAGGGUGAGGUCUCCAAGACAAGGGACCCCGCGAUCAUAUCAGUAACCAUAGUGUAAGAUGUCUCCGUGAGGCGCAGCUGGAGGACAGGGGAGAUGGAGGGCCACCUCUGCCCACUUAGUCCUUUGGAAGAAAAGCGUUUCCAUGCGUGGGGCAGAGCACAGGCCUGUGUGCAUAUGUGUGUGUGUGUGUGUGUGUGCACGGGCAGUCGAUAGAUUGGUGAGUUUGGCCUGGGCCAGGAAAGACCUAAGGGAUGGUGGGCAGGACACCACCUAUCGGAAACUAAGGCUUUAAGCAGAAGGAGGCGGCCUUAGUGACAGCCCGGGUGGUGACUGGAUGGAUGGUGAUGGCAGGGGUCAGGGAGAGACUUAGGAGCCCCUCACCGUCCAGGGCCCAGGGCGACCCCCCCCUUUCCUCCAGGCGCCCAGAAGUCCCUCUCCCCUUCGGCGCCCCAAUCCCACCUCUUCCCGUUCAGGCAAACCAGCCUUCGGAAAAGGAUGGCUGGCUCAGCCGGGAUGGCCGCUCUGGCUCAGGACGUCCGGGGGGCGCUCUCGAGCCAAAAACUGGACCACGUGUGGAUGGACACGCACUACGUGGGGCUGCAGUUUCCGGACCCGGCUCAUCCCAAUACCCUGCACUGGGUCGGUGAGGCUGGGAAGCUCGGGGAGCCCCUGCCGCUGGAGGACCACGACGUCUACUGUCCCUACAGUGCCACGGGCAACGCCACGGGAGAGCUGGUGUACGCCCACUACGGGCGGCCGGAGGACCUGCAGGACCUGCGGGCCCGGGGCGUGGAGCCGGCGGGGCGCCUCCUGCUGGUGCGCUUGGGGGAGAUCAGCUUCGCCCAAAAGGUGGCCAGUGCCCAGGACUUUGGGGCCCGAGGAGUGCUCAUAUACCCUGAUCCAGCAGACUUCUCCCAGGAUCCACACAAGCUCGGCCUGUCCAGCCACAGAGCUGUGUAUGGACAUGUGCACCUGGGAACUGGGGACCCCUACACGCCUGGCUUCCCUUCCUUUAAUCAAACCCAGUUCCCUCCAGUCCAGUCCUCCGGCCUCCCUAACAUCCCCGCCCAGCCCAUCAGUGCGGACAUUGCCUCCCUCCUGCUGAGGAAGCUCCAAGGCCCUGUGGCUCCCCAGGAAUGGCAGGGGCGCCUCCCAGGCUCCCCUUAUCGCCUGGGCCCUGGGCCAGGCUUGCACCUCGGGGUCAACAACCACAGGGUCUCCACCCCCAUCAGCAACAUCUUUGGCUGCAUCGAGGGCCGCUCAGAGCCAGAUCACUAUGUUGUCAUCGGGGCCCAGAGGGAUGCGUGGGGCCCAGGAGCGGCCAAGUCCGCUGUGGGGACGGCCAUACUGCUGGAGCUGGCGCGGACCUUUUCCUCCAUGGUGAGCAAUGGCUUCCAGCCCCGAAGGAGUCUUCUCUUCAUCAGCUGGGACGGAGGUGACUUUGGGAGUGUGGGCUCCACAGAGUGGCUGGAGGGUUACCUCAGCGUGCUGCACCUCAAAGCCGUGGUCUACGUGAGCCUGGACAAUGCAGUGCUGGGAGACGACAAGUUCCAUGCCAAGACCAGCCCCCUUCUGAUCAGCCUCAUAGAGAACAUCCUGAAGCAGGUGGACUCUCCUAACCGCAGUGGGCAGACCCUCUAUGAGCAGGUGGUGUUCAACAAUCACAGCUGGGAUGCCGAAGUGAUCCGGCCACUGGCCAUGGACAGCAGUGCCUACUCCUUCACGGCCUUUGCGGGGGUCCCUGCCGUUGAGUUCUCCUUCUUGGAGGAUGGCCAGGCGUACCCGUUCCUGCACACGAAGGACGACACAUACGAGAACCUACACAGGGUGCUGCGGGGCCGCCUGCCCGCCGUGGCCCAGGCUGUGGCCCAGCUCGCUGGGCAGCUCCUCAUCCGGCUCAGCCACGAUCACCUGCUGCCUCUGGACUUCGGCCGCUAUGGGGACGUGGUCCUCAGGCACAUCGGCAGCCUCAACGAGUUCUCUGGGGACCUGAAGGCCCGCGGGCUGACCCUCCAGUGGGUGUACUCGGCGCGGGGGGACUAUAUCCGGGCGGCGGAGAAGCUGCGAAAGGAGAUCUACAGCUCGGAGGAGAGCGAUGAGAGGCUGAUGCGCAUGUACAACGUGCGCAUCAUGCGGGUGGAGUUCUACUUCCUGUCCCAGUACGUGUCGCCGGCCGACUCCCCGUUCCGCCACAUUUUCCUGGGCCGCGGAGACCACACGCUGGGCGCGCUGCUCGACCACGUGCGGCUGCUGCGCUCGGGCGGCUCCGAAGACCCGGGGGCCGCCUCCUCCGGGGUGGCUCCGGGCCUGGGCUUCCAGGAGAGCCGCUUCCGACGCCAGCUGGCCCUUCUCACCUGGACGCUGCAGGGGGCCGCCAACGCACUUAGCGGGGAUGUCUGGAACAUCGAUAACAACUUCUGAGGUCCGCGGGGCGGGGGGCGGGGUGGGGGGGCGUUGGCAUAUGCCCGGAGCUCCUGCUCUCCCGUUAGAGUGAUUUCUGGGUGAUGCAGGUGCCUAGUACCAACCUGUCGUUGCUGACCGAUCUCUCAUAAGCCCUUCCCGUCUCUGCAAGGGGCCCAGCCAAGAUGCCAGCGCAGACACCCACACCCGGGCUCUGCAGUGUAGGAGUAGGUGAGCGGUGCCUUCCACAAUGGGCCCGCCAGACUGUCAGCCAGUCUGAGAGCACCCGCUUCCUCAUCACACAGCCCCUUCGCCUUCGGGAAGGGGGUCCCCCACACCUAGUGAUGUCUCUGGAAGGUUUCCUUGGCCCUGGGACGUGGCCAGCCCCCUUGGUGGGAGAAUGGCUGGAACCACAGCCUAUAGCCCCAACAGGUGGUCUGUGGCGGGAGGGGCUGGGGUUUGGACCUUAAUAAACCACCUGGUGGCAUCUGUUGUUUAUAAA